AUGCUCACCCGGGUCAAGUCUGCGGUGGUGAACCUCAUGGGGGGGGUGCUGUCUGGGGGAGCCAACGGGGACCAUCCGAGUGGAGCAUCCGACCUGCCGCUGCGGUUCCCCUACAGGAGACCCGAGUUCCUGGGUCUCUCCGCGGAUGAGGUGGAGUGCUCUGCGGACCACGGAGCCAGACCGAUCCUCAUCCUGAAGGAGACCGAGCGCCUGCCCUGGUCCACCGGCUACGCGGAAGUGAGGGAGAGCAGAGUGAGGGAGAGCAGAGUGAGGGAGAGCAGAGUGAGGGAGAGCAGAGUGAGGGAGAGCAGAGUGAGGGAGAGCAGAGUGAGGGGGACCAGAGUGAGGGAGGCCAGAGUGAGGGAGAGCAGAGUGAGGGAGAGCAGAGUGAGGGAGAGCAGAGUGAGGGAGAGCAGGAGUGAGGGAGGCCAGAGUGAGGGAGGCCAGAGUGAGGGAGGCCAGAGUGAGGGGGACCAGAGUGAGGGGGACCAGAGUGAGGGGGAGCAGAGUGAGGGAGAGCAGAGUGAGGGAGAGCAGAGUCAGGGAGAGCAGAGUCAGGAGAGCAGAGUGAGGGAGACCAGAGGAGGGGGGACCAGAGUGAGGGAGAGCAGAGUGAGGGAGAGCAGAGUGAGGGGGACCAGAGUGAGGGAGAGCAGAGUGAGGGAGAGCAGAGUGAGGGAUAGCAGAGUGAGGGAUAGCAGAGUGAGGGAGAGCAGAGUGAGGGGGACCAGAGUGAGGGGGACCAGAGUGAGGGGGACCAGAGUGAGGGGGACCAGAGUGAGGGGGACCAGAGUGAGGGGGACCAGAGUGAGGGAGGCCAGAGUGAGGGAGGCCAGAGUGAGGGAGGCCAGAGUGAGGGAGGCCAGAGUGAGGGAGGCCAGAGUGAGGGAGGCCAGAGUGAGGGAGGCCAGAGUGAGGGAGGCCAGAGUGAGUGAGGGAGGCCAGAGUGAGGGAGGCCAGAGUGAGGGGGACCAGAGUGAGGGGGACCAGAGUGAGGGGGACCAGAGUGAGGGGGACCAGAGUGAGGGAGAGCAGAGUGAGGGAGAGCAGAGUGAGGGAGAGCAGAGUGAGGGAGAGCAGAGUGAGGGAGAGCAGAUCCAACUGUCCAACGGUCCAACAGUCCAACAGUCCUCCAGUCCUCCAGUCCUCCAGUCCAACGGUCCAACGGUCCAACGGUCCAACGGUCCAACAGUCCUCCAGUCCUCCCGUCCUCCCGUCCUCCGGUCCUCCGGUCCACCGGUCCAAGGGUCCAAGGGUCCAACAGUCCAACAGUCCAACCGUCCAAGGGUCCAACCGUCCAACCGUCCAAGGGUCCAACCGUCCAAGGGUCCAACCGUCCAACCGUCCAAGGGUCCAACCGUCCAAGGGUCCAACCGUCCAACGGUCCAACAGGUGAUCAACGCGGGGAAGAGUGCUCUGAACGAGGACCAGGCGAGCUGCGAGGUGCUGAGGGUGAAGAGGAGGAGCCGCUCUCCCACUCAGAGGAGGAGGUCGUCUCUGCCCAACGGAGACCUCAGCCCCAACGACCACACGGAGGCCUCUCCUGACGACCUGCCGUUCCAUUACUGGGCUCUGUUCGACGGUCACGCCGGCGCCGGAGCAGCCGUCAUGGCGUCGCACCUGCUGCACCAUCACAUCGCUCUGCACCUUCAAGAGGUCAUGGACGUCCUGCUCUCCCCCUCCACACCCCCCACCUGCCUGGAGGAGGAGCCUGUGAGCCACGGUCCCCAGCAGAAGGGACUGAACAGGGCAGUGUCUCUGCGGGGAGCCGCGGGGGCCCCGGGAACGCCACACGCCGCUACUGCUCGGUUCUUCAGCGAGAAGAAGGUCUCACACCAGAGUCUCGUCAUCGGCGCCAUCGAGAACGCCUUCAAAGACAUGGAUUUCCAGAUCGAAAGAGAGAAAUCCGUGUACAACGUGUCCGGAGGCUGCACGGCUCUGGUGGUGGUGUAUCUACAGGGAAACCUCUACGUGGGGAACGCAGGAGACAGCAGAGCCAUCAUUAUCCGGUCUGGAGAAGUCGUCCCGGUGUCGUCAGAGUUCACCCCAGAGUCGGAGAGACAGAGGCUGCAGUUUCUGGCCUACAUGCAGCCGCACUUGUUGGGGAAUGAGUUUACGCACCUGGAGUUUCCUCGGCGAGUGCAGAGGAAGGAGGUGGGAAAGAGGAUGCUCUACAGAGACUUCACCAUGUCCGGAUGGGCGUACAAAACCAUCGACGACAACGACUUGAAGUUUCCGCUGAUCUACGGAGAAGGGAAGAAGGCGCGGGUUCUGGCCACGAUCGGCGUCACCAGGGGCCUUGGGGACCACCACCUCAAAGUGCACGACUCCAACAUCUUCAUCAAACCCUUCCUCUCCUGCUGCCCCGAGGCACGGCAGGGAUCUGCCUGCAGGGAUCCGCCUGCAGGGAUCCGCCUGCAGGGAUCCGCCUGCAGGGAUCCGCCUGCAGGGAUCCGCCUGCAGGGAUCCGCUGCGGGGAUCCACCUGCAGGGAUCCGCCUGCAGGAUCCACCUGCGUGCGUUCUCCACAGUGGGCGGCACCGCGCGGGUUCUGGCCACGAUCGGCGUCACCAGGGGCCUUGGGGACCACCACCUCAAAGUGCACGACUCCAACAUCUUCAUCAAACCCUUCCUCUCCUGCUGCCCCGAGGUGCAGGUCUACCCUCUGUCCCGGACGGAGCAUGGGGCCGAUGACGUCCUGGUGCUGGGGACUGACGGUCUGUGGGACGUCCUCUCGAACCAGGAAGUGGCUGAGGCUGUUUCCUCAUUCCUUGGAAACUGUGACCCUGAAGACCAGCACAGAUACACAAUGGCGGCUCAGGACCUGGUGAUGCGAGCUCGCGGCGUUCUGAAGGACCGCGGCUGGAGGAUCUCUGACGACCGACUGGGCUCCGGGGACGACAUCUCCGUCUAUAUCAUUCCUCUGAUGUACGGGAACCAGCAAGACUAG